GUGGAAAAAAAUACAAAGUGGUGGUUUGAAAAAAAAAACAAAAAAAGUGCCUUUUUGUGAAAAAAAUUUAAAGAAAUAAAAAGGUUCCUAUUUGUUUAUUAUAAAAUUUUAAAAGAAAAUAUUUAAACAAAAAUGGCUUUUAUGAUGCCGGUAAUGAAAAACAAUUACGAUAUCUAUAAAGAUAAAGGACGUUCACGUAAAACCUCAGAAUCUUCCAAUGGCACAGGAGCCAACAGCUCGGCUACACCCAAUAUGGCCUCAGCCAUGGGUAUAAAUCCCAAUUCAAGAGGUAGACAAAGAAUGAAGUCCGAAUCAUUUGCCAGUUCACCCAGUCACACCUAUCGCAUGCAAAUGCAAAGAUGUCAAUCACAAAAAACCUUUCCACGCAAUUCUUCACGUACAUCGACCGGUUCAGCUGCUCUAUCGCCCACUCGAUCCUUUUGUCAACCCUCACAAAGUCCACCCAAACAAAGUAAUACAACAACAGCUUCAGCUAACAAUCAAACUGGUUCUCAAAAUGAUAUAAGUAAAUUUCAUUUACGUUUAGUGGAUAAAUUACGUAAAUCCUUUCGCAAGGAUUCAGCCAAACGUUCAUGAAAGU